GAACGCGCGCGACAGAGAGUGAGAGAUGGAGAGAGGCAGGGAGGGAGAGCGCACGAACAGUGUUGCCGUUACUGUCAGCUGUGGAACGGUUCAGUCAUCAAUGGACAGGGUACACACGUAGCAUAGCCUCUUUCAAUGUACCUUUAUUUCUGCUAUGAAACGGAGGGAAGUAUAAUCAAAUCCGGUUACCUAGUUUCGCUUUCAUCGUUUAUAUUGCAGAUUGAAAUGGAGACAACGUUGUGUUAGCGCGCGCUAUUGAUUAGACUCCAAUAGGCUUUAUUCCUUGCGGAAUAUUUGUUUGAUCUCAACCAUAUAUUAACAAUGAUGGAGUAUUGGAGGCAGUGCGCAUUAUGGCUGAUCAACUGCAAGGUGCUACCACCCAACCAUCGGGUAACAUGGGAGUCCGCCCAGGUAUUCGACCUGGCUCAGACACUCCGAGAUGGAGUGCUCCUGUGUCAGCUUCUCAACAACCUCCGACCCCAGUCCAUCAACCUCAAAGAGAUUAAUCUCAGACCGCAGAUGUCACAGUUCCUGUGCUUGAAGAACAUCAGGACAUUUCUCUCCGCCUGCUAUGAGAUAUUUGGCAUGAAGAAGAGUGAACUCUUUGAGGCAUUCGACUUGUUUGAUGUGCGGGACUUUGGAAAGGUUAUGGACACAUUGUCCAAACUGUCCCACACCACGAUUUCAGAACAAACCGGAAUAAAGGCUUUUCCUUCAGAGGAGAGUCUAGAAGAAGAUGAGGACAUCUAUAACCACCUAGAAGACUUGAUUGAUGAGAAAGGUGUGGAGGACGAGGAGGAUCUUUAUGACUGUGUCUAUGAUGAUGAAGACGGAGGAGAGAUCUAUGAAGAUCUGAUGAAGGCUGAAGACAUCCGUCCUCCUCUGAAGCAGGUAGAGACAGACAUCAGGAGCUGCUGUCUGACAGAGAUCAAGCAGACUGAGGAGAAGUACACAGAGACUCUGGACUCCAUAGAGAAGUAUUUUAUGGCACCUCUUACGACAUUCCUGUCCUCAGAGGAGAUGAAGAAAGUGUUUGUCAACAUUCCGGACCUGGUUAAGGUUCACAAGAGUCUCAUGGUGGAGAUCCAAGACUCUGUCCGCCAUAAAAGUGCUCAGAACAUCUACCAGAUCUUCAUCCACUACAAAGAGAGAUUGCUAAUAUAUGGGAAAUACUGUAGCCAUGUAGAAACGGCCAUCGUUGCUUUGGAUGACAUCUGCAAACACAGAGAGGACAUCCGGAUGAAGCUGGAGGAAUGUGCAAAGAGAGCCAACUAUGGAAAGUUUACACUGAGGGAUCUGCUAGUGGUCCCUAUGCAGCGGGUACUCAAGUAUCAUCUUCUUCUACAGGAAUUAGUGAAACACACUCACGAUGCGGCUGACAAGAGCAAUUUGCGGCUGGCGCUGGAUGCCAUGAAGGACCUGGCUCAGUACGUCAAUGAAGUGAAGAGAGACAACGAGACUCUGAGAGACAUAGCCCAGUAUCAGAAAUCCAUCGAAAAUCUUAAUCAGUCUCUUAGUACCUAUGGGAGACCAAAAGGAGACGGAGAGGUACGCGUUACCUCAAUCGACAAACGUGCCAAACAGGACCGGCACAUCUUCCUGUUCGAUGCUGCUGUGAUCGUCUGUAAGAGGAGAGGAGACAACUAUGAGAUGAAGGAGGUGAUCGACCUGCACCACUUCAAGAUCACCAACAACCCCACGUCAGAUAAGGAGAACAGGAAGUGGUCCUAUGGGUUCUACCUGACACACAACCAGGGGCAGAGUGGCUUCGAGUUGUUCUUCAAAACCAAGGAGUUGAAGAAGAAAUGGCUGGAGCAGUUUGGCAUGGCCAUAUCCAACAUACGUCCAGAGAAUGGCACCAGUAACUCCCACGAGUUCAAGAUGCACACCUUCGACAGAAUUACAUCCUGUAGCUACUGCCACAUGCUGCUAAGGGGUAUCUUUAACCAGGGGUACCUUUGCUCCAAGUGUGGUGUUGGAGCCCAUAAGGAAUGUCUGGGGAGGUUUGGCAGCUGUGGAAAAACAGAUCCGGGCUCCUUCAGAACUCAGGAAAAAUCAGUGCAAGGACAGCGCUCAGAUCCAGGGUUACCUAAGAUGUUGGUGACCAGGAACUAUUUUGGCGUGCCAAGUCCCAUAUGUGGCCCGCCCCUCAACAUCCAGCAAGGUGACAUCAUCGAGCUGGUCUGUGCCGAUCUACACAGCUCCUGGUGGCAGGGCAAAAUUCUGGCGACGAGAGAGGUCGGCUCCUUUCCAAGUGACGCCGUGAAGCCGUGUCCAUGUGUCCCCAAACCUGUCGACUACUCCACACAACCUUGGUUUGCUGGGCCCAUGGAGAGACUUCAGGCUGAGGCAGAGCUGAUCAACAGAGGGAACAGCACCUACCUGGUCCGCCACCGGAGCCGCGAGUUCACAGAGUACGCCAUCAGCAUCAAGUACAGCAAUGACGUGAAGCACAUCAAGAUCCUGACCAGAGAUGCCUGCUUCCACAUCGCAGAGAACAAGAAGUUCAGGAGUAUAUUAGAACUAAUUGAGUACUACAAACACCAUUCAUUGAGGGAAGGCUUCAGAAGCCUGGACACCACACUGCAGUUCCCCUACAGAGAGCAGGAGAAUGCUGCUGUGCUCCACACCAACAGACCCGGAGGAAAUACCCCAUUGCUCUGUGGGCUGACUUAUGUAACUCCUGCCGGCUACAGCUUUGUUCCUCCCUCCUCCGCUCCUUUCUGGUCAGUGUUCACCCCUAAGGUGAUGGGUGUGGCGAUAGCCCGCUAUGACUUCAGCUCCAGGGACACCAGAGAGCUGUCUCUACAGGAGGGUGACGUAGUCAAGAUCUACACCAAGUCAGGAGCCAAUGGCUGGUGGAGGGGAGAGGUCAGCGGCAGGGUGGGCUGGUUUCCAUCUACCUAUGUGGAAGAAGGAGAGGAGUGAGAAAGAAAAAUACUGUUUGGUUUAGUACUGGACCCUCUAUGGUUGAUCUGACAGCUUGCUGAGAUGGGACUUCCUUAUCUGGGAUUCCAGCCCUCCUAUUGGCUGUUGAGUCAGUGACGUCCCAGAGACCUUUGGGAAAAGAGGGGUUUCUCGAUGGACUAGUUACUGGUUCUCUCUGCAACAGACUAAUGACUGGUUCUCUCUGCAACAGACUAAUGACUGGUUCUCUCUGCAACAUUCUAGUUACUGGUUCUCUCUGCAACAGUCUAGUGACUGAUUCUCUCUACAACUGACUAAUGACUGGUUCUCUCUGCAACAGACUAAUGACUGGUUCUCUCUGCAACAUUCUAGUUACUGGUUCUCUCUGCAACAGUCUAGUGACUGAUUCUCUCUACAACUGACUAAUGACUGGUUCUCUCUGCAACAGUCUAAUGACUGGUUCUCUCUGCAACAGACUAAUGACAGGUUCUCUCUGCUCUGCUCCACCACUUCAACAGCUUUGUUGUCAGCAGGGGAAGGACCUUUGCCAGAACCCAGCUCUCUCCUUCCAUCCCUCCCUCUCUUCCUCUCUCCCUCUGUCAAUACUGCUACCGCAAGUUGUCUCUAAAAUAUUUAAAUGCUGCCCAUCCAUCCAUCCAUCCAUUUAUCCAUCCGUCCGCACCACCAAGAAUAUAGCUAAGACUGUCUAAAGAUUUGGAAAAGUGAAAGAGAAAAGAGAGGGAGAGAGAAGAGACACACACACACAGGGUGGCAGGUAGCCUUGUGGUUUGAGCACUGAAAGGUUGCUAGUUCGAGUCCCCAAGCCGACAAUGAUAAAAAUCUGUCAAUGUGACAUUGAGCAAGCUACUUAACCCUAAUGCUGUCAUGAAACGCCUCCCACACCCAUCCUCACAGAUUACAAUCUCUGCCACUGAACACGACACACGCACAGGUUGACGUUUAUUGGGAUGAAUCUGGUCCUGGAGGCAGAGCUAAGUGGGUUUCGUUAGCUGGUCCAGCCACAAAGACAAAAUUGUUUAUAUCGUUAAAAAUAUUAGCUUUUUGGUCUUAAUUUAGGGUUAGGCACAAGGUUAGUAGUGGGAUUAAGGUUAGGGUUAAAAUGAGGGAUUAGAGAUUUUAAUGACUUUGUGGCUGUGGCAGCUAGUGACCACCCUACAGAGCUGCCUCUAGUACAUGAGUCAUCCCAGUAAAUACCAACCUGCCACACACACAAAAUAUGAGAGAGAGGGAUGUUGGGGGAUAUCAUCGCCACCCCGCCCCUCAUGUUCUCAUCUCUCCAGCUGUACAGCAUGCUGGGUUAGGGGCUGUCGCUGUGGGUUGAUCUGAUAGGGACCUGGCUGGUUUGUCAGGGAGCAAGCUAGUGAUGUGAUGCUACCCUACGACGGACGCAAGAGGCCCCCGCUCUCUCUUCUCUCUCUUCUCUCUCCACUCUUUCUCUUCCUUCUGACAGAAAACAAAAGGGAAUACUCUGAUUGGCCUGUAAACACGGUCUCCUGUUACCCCUACUGAUGGGGCCUCCAGCCCUCUGUCUUCUGUAUCUUUCUUUCUUUCUCCCUUUCUCUUUCUCCCUCUCUCUUUCUCCCUCUCUCUUUGUCUCUCUCUCUCUUUCUCCCUCUCUCUUUGUCUCCCUCUUCCUUUGUCUCCCUCUCUCUUUGUCUCCCUCUCUCUUUCUUCCUCUCUCUUUGUCUCUCUCUCUUUCUCCCUCUCUUUGUCUCUCUCUCUUUCUCCCUCUCUUUGUCUCCCUCUCUCUUUCUCCCUCUCUCUUUGUCUCCCUCUCUCUUUCUCCCUCUCUCUUUGUCUUUCUCUCUUUCUCCCUCUCUCUUUGUCUCUCUCUCUUUCUCCCUCUCUCUGUCUCUCUCUCUUUCUCCCUCUCUCUUUGUCUCUCUCUCUUUCUCCCUCUCUCUUUGUCUCUCUCUUUCUCCCUCUCUCUUUCUCCCUCUCUCUUUGUCUCUCUCUUUCUCCCACUCUCUUUCUCCCUCUCUCUUUGUCUCUCUCUUUCUCCCUCUCUCUUUGUCUCUCUCUUUCUCCCUCUCUCUUUCUCCCUCUCUCUUUGUCUCUCUCUUUCUCCCUCUCUCUUUGUCUCUCUCUUUCUCCCUCUCUCUUUGUCUCUCUCUCUUUGUCUCUCUCUCUUUCUCCCUCUCUCUUUGUCUCUCUCUCUUUCUCCCUCUCUCUUUCUCCCUCUCUCUUUCUCCCUCUCUCUUUCUCCCUUUCUCUUUCUCUUCUUUUAACCCCCCCUUUCCCCCCCCUUCUUCUUCUCCUUUUCUCUCUCCACUCUCCCCUCCCCUCUCCCCAGAAGGGGGUUUCCAGUAGACGUUCCAGGCAGUGCCUUCCUUCCUUCAUAAUCCUCUAAUGUGAGGGAUUUAGCAACAUUUGAGGGAAUAAUGACUUCACACAGAAACACACUCAGGCAGGCGGAUCAGGCCGUAUAAUAAUGUAAAAGUCACCACAGACAAUGCAGUGUAAUAGUCAGUACAGAAGGAAAUGGGAGGUGAUGCUCGCCAAAUCACAGCUCACACCAGUGAUCAGUGUUUUCACUCAUACAGCUUUUUAGUCCCAAUGCAAUUGCACCAGGAUCUGUAUGCCAUAGUCUGAACCCUCUGACUUUGAUUGACAGGUUUAUGCUAUGCCACAGUGUGUUAACUACUGUCCUGUGAGGUGAUAGUUCAGGUGGUGGCGUCUGGGAGGAGAGCUGCAGGACAAAGACACACGCAAGGCACAAACACACACACCGCACAGCCAUAACCGUCUUCAGUUCACCCAUUCAAUACCCAUACAAACUCCAUAGUAUAAUAUUGAAUGAUCAUACAGUACAUACGCGAUGUAUAUAUUAUUAUAACGAUUAUAUUGUGCAACAAAACAUAUGCAAUCAUCAGGGUUAUAACUAUAAAGGGGAGGUAUUCAAUGCCUCAGCAUUGUCCCUGUCUUCUCGGUCGUAUUCACUAGGCACCAAAUGGGAGCAAGCAGACUUAAACAGAAAGGGACUACCUGAACAAUAAUCAACGCUCAUAUUCGUUUUCAAUUGUUUUGCUACGGUGUGCACGAAUGAAUACAACCCUGCUGUCUUCCUGUGGUUCUUUUGUGUGUUGAUGCUGGUCAUUGAGGCACAAAAUGGAUUUUGAUGUGAAUCUGGUCCUCAGAAUGCUGGGAAAUGUAGUGUUUUACAAUACUGUAUGUCACAAGGGAAAGUAGUGUUUGAACUGUAGUAAGGAAUCAGUGGAGUGCAAGACUGUGACUCUCCUGUGCUUAUUUGAACUGUUUCCCACCACAAUGGCAUUAUGCUUUUUUGAAGUGAAGGCAGCUCAAAUUCCAGCUGAACUAUUGGUUUUAUUUGUUUUAAUGUGCAAGCCAUCUGGAUAAUGUCUUGAUAUGAUGAAAUGUGUAUAAGAGAUGUAUUUUUUAUUUUUGAAUUGUUUUGAUGGAAUGUGAUAGUGUGUGUACAGGUUGCAUUGUGAAGUGUCCCCAUCCACCCCUACUCUGUUUUCUAACUGCAGUGCAUGUUCGCUACCACCAGAUGGCAGCAGCAUAAGCACAUCUUUCCCCUCACCUCUUUCUCUGCAUGUCUCCUCCACCUUCAACCAUGCUUUACUUAUGGUCUCUUCCUAUGACAGUGUGGACUGGGGGUUGUUUGAAUUCAUUAUGAGAUGAUUUAGGAGUUGCCUUUAAAAUGAUAGCCACACCAUAGACAUAACAGAGAGAACAUUUCAAGUUUCAUCCAGGCUUUUGAAGCAUGGGAUCAAGUAAUCUACUAACACAGAGAGAUACGAACAGCCUUCCUAAGCAUGGGAUCUAGUAAUCUACUAACACAGAGAGAUACGAACAGCCUUUCUAAGCAUGGGAUCUAGUAAUCUACUAACACAGAGAGAUACGAACAGCCUUUCUAAGCAUGGGAUCUAGUAAUCUACUAACACAGAGAGAUACGAACAGCCUUUCUAAGCAUGGGAUCUAGUAAUCUACUAACACAGAGAGAUACGAACAGCCUUUCUAAGCAUGGGAUCUAGUAAUCUACUAACACAGAGAGAUAUGAACAGCCUUUCUUAACAUGGGAUCUGGUAAUCUACUAACACAGAGAGAUACGAACAGCCUUCCUAAGCAUGGGAUCUAGUAAUCUACUAACACAGAGAGAUAUGAACAGCCUUUCUUAACAUGGGAUCUGGUAAUCUACUCCCCCGCCAUUUCCACGAGAGGUAAACUCUGACGGUAAGGGGUUUACACUAGCAGGGCUUCUUCCUUCCCUGUGUGUGUCUUUAUCCUCUACCCAGAGAGAACAGAAUAAAGCCUCAGGGGUAUCAAUGAUCUGAUCUCUACACUAUCUUUCCUCACCUAGCACACCCACUACAUCCAACAAUCUGUUCAUUUCUCUCACUCUCCCUCUUACUAUGCCCUUCCUCCAUCUUGCCCUCUAUAUCUAACUCUCUUUCUCUGUUUCUCUCUCUCUCUCUCUCUGCUUCUCUGUAUUCUCUCCCUGUCCCUGUUUCGGUGAAGUGGUUGAAACCCAGCACUGUAUCUUCAUACCAGGAUAGGAUAUACACUAUAUACUCUGUUAUAUUGUAAAAUAGAGAGGAGAUGUUUCAGGUGUUUCAGUCUACUCCACCAGACAGCCACAUACAGACUUCUUUUAAGUCUUUUGUAGCUAAAACAACCAUCAUCUCAUCGGUAGUCAUGGACAAGCCGUUAAAGCCUUUGCUUACAGAUAAGAAGCCAUAGUUAUAUUGAUCGACAACAGAGCGGUCUGCUGUCUGCACUGCGUCUCUCAGCUGUGUCACUCUGCAUAGUGCAUUGUUCACCUUGUUAGAACAUAAUUUAUGAAGCCAAAUAUGUCUACUGUACCUAUAUUUGACAUUCUGGAGUCUAAACACCAUGGCAACCUGCCACUGUGGCCUAACUAACCUAUAGCCGUGCAAUCUGAGUUCAGAGUGGAACAUAACUACAUAGUAUUGUACCAUACUGUAAAUAUGUAAAUAUCACACAAUAAACACAAAUGUAUAUGGCUUCUUUUGAAUAUCA